UCCUUCUUUGUCUUCCCUGAAUGCCCCUCCGAACCCUGUCUUCUCUCGGGCCGUGGUGGUGGAGCCCAGAGCUGCCUCUCUGCCUCGCUGGCCUUGGUCUCGCCGUUGUUGGCUUUUUAUGGGCUGUUGAAACCCUCGGAGGGAGAGAGCGAGAGAGAAAGGGGGAGGGAGACGGGGAGAGAAGCGUGGUCGCGUCGCCCAAAUCGGCUGAUCGGAACCUGGACAGACCUCAUUCAUUUUCUUUUUCUAGCGUCGUCUCCAGAUCUGAGGCCGGCGUCGUCUACCACUGGAGAAUCGAGUGAGGGCUAUUGGAGCCAGUUCCGAGGCAAAGGUGGAUAGAUGUGUUCGUGAGGUGAAGAUUGGGGGAGAUGACAUGGCUCGUUGGGACGCUUUCCGAUCGUUGAUUUUUCGGGGUUUUUCGCAUUGUUGUGCGAUAAGGGUGGUGGGUUCGUGAUACCUUGUCUCGGAUCCAUCUGAUUUGGAGCAACGAAGUGGAAGACCUUUUUAAUGUACAAGUAGAGGGGACUGUCCUUGUUUCCCCCCCUCUGAACUUGGAUUUGUGUUCGAGAGUAAGAAAAGUGGGAGCUUGGGGUCUUGCACUUUGGAUAUCAUAAUUUUGUUUCGGGAUAGAUGUUGAGAACUCGGAGGCGGGCCUGGGUGAGAUGAGGGAUGUUAGCAGAGUUGAUGAACUUCCUGAAGGCCUGCUGGCGGCCGUCGUCAGAUCGGUAUGUGCACACGGGCUCCGACACGGUUGGCCGGCAGGAUGGGCUUCUGUGGUAUAAGGACAGUGGGCAGCACACGAAUGGAGAAUUCUCUAUGGCCGUGGUCCAAGCAAACAGCUUGCUUGAGGACCAGAGCCAGAUUGAGUCAGGCCCACUGAGCUCGCUCGAGUCCGGCCCGUAUGGGACCUUCAUUGGGAUCUAUGACGGUCAUGGUGGUCCAGAAACAUCCCGCUAUAUCAAUGAUCAUCUUUUCCACCAUCUCAAGAGAUUUACAUCCGAGCAGCAGUCAAUGUCAGCUGAUGUAAUACGGAAGGCAUAUCAGGCAACUGAAGAGGGCUUUUUUUCUCUGGUCACCAAACAAUGGCCUAUGAAACCCCAGAUUGCCGCUGUUGGCUCAUGUUGUCUGGUUGGUGUGAUCUGUGGUAGUAUGCUAUACAUAGCCAAUGUUGGGGACUCCCGUGUUGUUUUAGGGAGACUUGUCAAAGCAACCGGAGAGGUUUUGGCUGUCCAGUUGUCAUCAGAGCACAAUGCAGGUAUUGAGUCUGUGCGACAAGAGUUGCAGUCAUUGCACCCAGAUGAUUCGCGCAUAGUUGUUUUGAAGCAUAAUGUUUGGCGUGUGAAGGGCCUCAUUCAGGUUUCGAGGUCAAUUGGUGAUGUAUACCUAAAAAAGGCAGAGUUUAAUCGAGAGCCGUUAUAUGCAAAAUUUCGCCUUCGUGAACCUUUCAAAAAGCCAAUACUUAGUUCAGAACCAUCAAUUUCUGUGCAACCAUUACAACCACAUGACCAGUUUCUCAUAUUUGCAUCUGAUGGACUCUGGGAGCACCUUAGCAACCAAGAAGCAGUUGAUAUUGUUCAUAACAAUCCCUGCAGUGGAAGUGCUCGGAGGCUUGUGAAAGCUGCACUUCAUGAAGCAGCCAGGAAAAGAGAGAUGAGGUACUCUGAUCUCAAGAAGAUUGAUCGUGGCAUCCGUCGGCAUUUCCACGAUGAUAUAACUGUCAUUGUUGUGUUCCUUGACUCAAAUCUUGUAAGCAGAGCCAGCUCACACAAGGGCCCCUCACUUUCUGUAAGAGGAGGUGGGAUCAAUCUGCCAGCAAACUCUCUUGCACCUUGCGCAACACCCACGGAACUUGGUGCUACCUGAUUAAGCCAGCUCAGCUCAUCUUUCCCUAAUCUGUACUAAAUUACACACCCGGAAGGACUCCUAUGAUCAUGCCCCCAAUGGUGUAGAAGUAGGGAGGUAGAGCAGCUUUGUAUCUAUUCUGUUAUACUGUAGCACUGAUAUGCAUUCCUUCUGUUGUGCUUCAUAUGAACUACGCGAGGGUCUAUCUUGAAGUCUUGAGUAGCAGGGAAAGCAGAUUCAAAGCCAAGUGUUUACUAGGAUUCUUCAAUUAAAAUCUCAUUUGUUUUAUUUUCUUCUUUCUUUUGGUAUGUAAAUUCCAAGAACACCUACCCAUCCUUGCAGUUUUAUUUCUUUGUUCAUAGUUC